AUGAAAUCACUUGUGAAAAUCAUAGUUUUUCUGUCAUUUGGGCAAUUAGUUUUUGCUAGCAUGUCAGAAAUGCAAAAGAAAUCGCAUACUGAAGAAUUCGAGGGCAUGUCAACCUUGUUCAGAGCCAUGUAUUCGUCGCCAAACGAUGGAUAUACCUACGAUUGGAGCGUGGUUUCGUUUUCAACUAAUGGCCAACCAAAUUCCGGUCUUAACUGCACUGUUUUGUAUCUGGAUCAGUGCACAUCCUGGAAUAGAUGUCGACAGACCUGCCUGAAAACAGGAGCCACCAGUUACAGGUGGUUCCAUGAUGGCUGCUGCGAGUGCGUGGGCGAACAUUGCACGAAUUAUGGCAUCAAUGAGAGCAGAUGUCGACUCUGUCCUGAGCCGGGAAUCGAGGAUGAGGAUGAGGAGGAUUAA